CUGUCAAUCAAUUUCUCCGGGUGUGAAGAUGGAACACCCGGGGGACAGUAGUGGGGGCUCGGACGCCCCGAAAACGCCGCCCCAGUCCGACAGAGAAGCAGAGGAGGACUCUUCCAAGAGUUCUGCCUUUCGAUCCCGCCGCCUCUUGCAUUACCUCUAUCUGGUGGGCUUUUUGGAUUUGUUCGGUGUGAGCAUGGUUGUUCCUCUAUUGAACCUUCAUGUCAGAUCUCUUGGAGCAAGUCCAACAGUUGCAGGAAUAGUAGGUUCUUCCUAUGGCUUCUUGCAACUCUUUUCAAGUACGCUGGUGGGCUGCUGGAGUGAUGUGGUGGGGCGAAGGCCAUCCCUGUUGUUGUGCAUUCUCUGCAGUGCCUUGGGCUACCUGAUUCUGGCUGUUUCUACCAAUGUCUUUCUGUUCCUUCUGGCUCGAGUCCCUGUGGGUAUCUUCAAACACACGCUCUCCAUAUCAAAGGCUCUGCUCUCUGACCUGGUCUCUGAGAAGGAGCGGCCCAUGGUGAUUGGACAUUUCAACACAGCCUCCAGCUUGGGCUUUAUCUUGGGCCCUGUGGUUGGUGGACACCUUACCGAAUUUGAAGACGGGUUUUAUCUAACAGCCUUCCUCUGCUUCUCAAUCUUCCUUCUCAAUGCCGGUCUCGUGUGGCUGGUCCCAUGGAGUGAAGAGACACUGAACCGUCCCAGAAACCAGCACCAAGACACAGAGCAGAGGCCGUGGAAAGAGGCAGAGCAUCAGAAGCCCAUCUCUAGGGUCUCAGCACAGGGGGAACCUGGCCAGGCACCUGGAUCAGUGUUGCAGACACUGCUGAACAUCAAGGACCAGCUCCUCUUCGGGAUGUGGGAGCUGCUCACAGUGCACCUGCUCAUGGCCCUCUCGGUCUUGCUCUACCACAGCAACUUUGUUCUGGGCCUGCAGCAGCGCUUUGGCAUGAGGCCCUGGGUGGCGGGCUACCUCAUCAGUGGCAGCAACAUCCUGAGUGCCCUAACAGGCCUGUCCGUGGGCCCCAUUCUGCAUCUGUACCAUCAUAACGCCCGGAUAGCCCUGUGCCAUGCCUGCGCCCUCACUGGCCUGGCACUGCUGCUCCACACCAUAGCCUACAACAUGGCCCUAGUGCUGGCUGCCGCUGCCCUGCUGGCUGUAUCUACCACCAUUGGCAAGACCUGCCUCACUCACCUACAGCUGACAGCUGGAGGGUCCAAGUCUGGAGGGACUCUGGUGGGCCUUGCGCAGUCAGUGACGGCCAUAGGCCGUGCAUCUGCCCCUCUCUUCUCAGGCCUGGUCCAGGAGUUCAGCCCCUGUGGACCUCCAGCCUUUGGAGUAGUGCUGUGCAUGGCAGCUGUGGGCAUCAUGUCACGAACUCAGCCUUCUCCUGGCAGCCAUGCGGGUGACAGACUGAAGCAGGAGUGAAGCAGACUCAGACCAUGUAGGAAAAGCACAAUCCAAGGUGUUUGCACAGGAACGAAGGGGAAUUCUUCUUUUUCCAACUUGACCACUGAGGUUGAGUUUUCUAAGGGGACACAAGGCAGGAUAGGGAAAUGGGCCUGGGCUGGCAGGGCAGGGAAUGUGCUAGAAGGAAAGAUGUUCACAG